UUUCAAAUAUACAGCAAUAGAUUCCUUCGGGUCACAGAGAUGUAUUAGUUUCUUUCUCGCUUUAGGAGGGAACGCCAACCGCUUUUGCUUUUGCUUCCUUUUCCCACGUCUUCACACUCACUUUUAAGUGCUUCGCCUCCAAAGACUGUCUUGGGCUGUAAAAUAACGAAUGCAUAACAUUCCCCUGGUUUCUCUAAGUUGUUCUAGCGUGUGAUGAACUUUUUGACAGAGGAGUAGAGACUGGUUUACACAGCAACGCUUGCCUUCUUAUAAUCACUACACCUAUUUACUCAUUUAAAAAAAGCAAAAAAGAAGAGGAAGAAGCAUGGCAGGAGGUGGAGGACAUGCGCCACAGCCAAAACAAGAAGAGCUACAGCCACAUCCAGCAAAAGACCAGCUAACGAGCAUUUCUUACUGCAUUACCAGCCCUCCUCCAUGGCCUGAGGCAAUUCUACUUGGCUUCCAACAUUACCUGGUGAUGCUUGGCACAACUGUGUUGAUUCCCACAUCUCUAGUUCCGCAAAUGGGAGGUGGCAAUGAGGAGAAAGCAAAAAUGAUUCAGACAAUAUUGUUUGUGGCUGGUUUGAACACAUUGUUUCAAACCCUGUUUGGAACUCGUCUACCUGCUGUGAUUGGAGCUUCUUACACCUAUGUGCCAACAACCAUUUCAAUCAUUUUGGCAGGACGAUACAGUAACAUUUUAAAUCCUCAGGAGAAAUUUGAAAAGAUAAUGCGUGGAAUCCAGGGUGCUCUUAUUAUUGCCUCGACUCUUCAGAUUGUAUUAGGCUUUAGUGGCCUUUGGCGUAAUGUUGCGAGGUUCUUGAGUCCACUUUCUGCUGUUCCCCUGGUCGCUUUAUCUGGUUUUGGGCUAUAUGAGUUUGGUUUUCCGGUGCUUGCAAAAUGCAUAGAGAUUGGGCUGCCACAGCUCAUUAUUUUAGUAAUAUUUUCCCAGUAUAUACCUCACUUGAUGCAUGGUGAGACGCAUGUCUUCGGCCGCUUUGCUGUUAUAUUCUCGGUGGUGAUUGUUUGGAUUUAUGCUCACCUGCUCACCGUUGGUGGGGCUUACAAGAAUACAGGGCCUAAAACCCAAAUAAGUUGUAGAACAGAUCGUGCCGGAAUCAUUGGUGCUGCUCCAUGGAUAAGAGUUCCAUAUCCUUUUCAAUGGGGAGCUCCCACUUUUGAUGCGGGAGAAGCUUUUGCAAUGAUGGCUGCUUCAUUUGUUGCUCUUGUGGAGUCCACUGGCGCAUUCUUUGCUGUGUCAAGGUAUGCAAGUGCAACUCCACUGCCACCUUCUAUUCUCAGCCGUGGUGUUGGUUGGCAGGGAGUGGGCAUUCUGUUCUCGGGGAUAUUUGGAACUGGUAAUGGGUCAUCAGUUUCUGUUGAAAAUGCGGGACUGUUAGCAUUGACUCGUGUUGGUAGCCGAAGGGUUGUCCAAAUAUCAGCUGGAUUCAUGAUCUUCUUUUCCAUACUUGGAAAAUUCGGAGCUGUCUUUGCUUCAAUUCCAGCACCCAUCAUUGCUGGUUUAUAUUGCCUGUUCUUUGCUUAUGUGGGUUCAGCAGGCCUCAGUCUUCUUCAGUUUUGCAAUCUAAACAGCUUUAGGAUAAAGUUCAUAUUAGGCUUCUCUGUUUUCAUGGGAUUAUCAAUACCUCAAUACUUCAAUGAGUAUACACUUAUUAACGGAUAUGGUCCUGUCCACACGGGAGCAAGAUGGUUCAAUGAUAUGAUCAAUGUACCAUUCUCAUCAGAGCCAUUUGUUGCCGGCUUAUUGGCUCUGUUCCUGGACACCACACUACACCGGAAAGACAACCAAACCAUGAAAGAUAGAGGCAUGCUUUGGUGGACGAGAUUCCAGUCAUUCAAGACAGACACAAGAAGCGAGGAAUUCUACACUCUACCCUUUAACCUGAACAAGUUUUUCCCAUCUGUUUGAUCUUUGCAACAUGUAUUUUGAAGUUGUGUGACGAAGUUAAUGCUCUCUAUGGGAGGAGCAUUUUUCUGUCUCCAGUUGUUAAAACUCUGUAAAUCAACUUUGUAAUAUGAAUCUCUCUUCUUUUCACA